AACUCCAGAGCCUUCCCAUCUGGAAUGAGAGGGAGGAACUGUGGAUUGUUUGGGGUGAACAAGCGCAAUAUUUUGGACUGAAAUAAUAAGCGAGAAAAUCCGGGAGCGAUGCGUCCAGUGAGUUUGGCUUGCAAUAAAAACCACGCUAAAGUCGAGGAGCUGUAAGCAUGCGCUUGAGUUUGAACAAACUCGCUCGGUUUAAACACAGUCAGGACUUUGUUUGAGUCCAACUCCGAGAGGAGGACAUGUGUGCUCGGGAUGGGACUGUGUUUCGGUACCGACGUUACAGAGGAGCAGAAGAAGGCGAGGACACUCAGUGCCAAGAUUGACAGAGACCUGUACGAGGGUGCCAAGCGGGAGAUGAAUGUGGUUAAAAUACUCCUGUUAGGUGCGGCAGAAAGUGGGAAAAGCACUUUGGUCAAACAAAUGAAGAUCAUCCACAGCAAUGGAUUUACCAAGCAAGAACUCAGCAGCUUCAAGCCUGCAGUAUUGGAUAACCUCCUGACAUCUAUGAAGUUUGUUCUUCACGGCAUGGGCGUCCUCCGCAUCAACCUGGCUAACAGCAGGAACAAGGUGCACGCCCACUCAGUUCUGUCAUGUGGUCGCUGCUUUGACGAAGAUCAGGUCUUUUUUCCCUUCUUGAGUCACGCCCUUGCCUGCUUGUGGGCUGACCACGGGGUGCGGGCCGCUGUGGCUCGGGGAUAUGAGUAUGAGCUCAACGACUCAGCGCUGUAUUUCUUUGAAAAUAUGAGCCGCAUCUCGUCUCCAGACUACAUCCCUACAGAGAUGGACGUUCUGCGCGUGCGGCUGAGGACGACAGGUGUGAUAGAGACCCAGUUCAAAGUCAAGCACCUCACUUUCAGGAUGUAUGAUGUCGGAGGACAGCGAACGGAGCGGAGGAAAUGGAUCGGCUGCUUUGAGGACGUUCGGGCCGUGCUCUUUGUGGUGUCACUCAGCGGUUAUGACAUGACCCUGGUGGAGGACCCCUCCGUGAAUCGUCUGCAGGAGAGCAUGAAGCUCUUCUCCUCUAUCUGCAACAAUGUCUUCUUCCGAAAUACAUCCAUGAUUUUAUUCCUGAACAAAAUUGACCUUUUUCAAGACAAGAUUCUAUAUUCAGGGCGACACCUGCGUCAUUACCUCCCUCAGUUUAAAGGAGCAGACUAUGACGUAGAUUCGGCUGCCCGCUUUAUCACCGCCACCUUUGUCUCACUCGACGCAGCUGCCAGUAAGCUCAUCUAUCACCACUUCACCACAGCCACAGACACCUCCAACAUCCAAGUGGUCUUCCAGGUGGUUAUGGACACGAUUAUAAAAGAGAACCUGGAGGCCGUAUCUCUCCUGUAGCUGACAGAAGUCUGAGUUCUUAACAAUUGAACCCGAAAUGGACCUUUGCACAUAAUGCGGGAGUAACAAUUAGUUAGUGCUUUAAUAACCCAUUUUUAUUUUAUAAAGGUGUAUCUUAAAAAAGUUGAUUAAUUAAGUGUUUGAACUGUUUGGAAUCAUCCUUAACCAGGUGCCUUUUAAAUGUGAUUUGUAAUGUCUCACAGCAGCUUUUUUAAAUGUCCUUAGUAUUUCAUAUCUUGACUGGAAGUAAAAGGAAUUUGAUGCCUUAUGUUGAUGAUUUUCUAUUAUUAAUGUUUUUCUUAUUAACUAAAAAUGAAACUACACGUUGUUCUUUAUGUUCCCAGUGUCUUACUCAGUUCAGAAUGUUCAACAUUGUCCUGCAAUGUGUAAUACAAAUGUGUGGCUGGAAUCUUUAA